AGUCAUUUCAGUUCACUCCUCCAAGGCAGUUGUUGUAUUGUUUGUAGUCAUUAUUAUCAAAAGUUAUUCGCUUAUCCGUAUCCGUGAAGUGAAGUGUGCCAAAUAAUAGUAAUAAUACAAUAAUAAUAAUUAAUAAAUCUAUAUAUACAGCUAGAACAACAAUAACAAAACAACAUAAAUGUGAUAAAAUUAAAACUCAUGUUUUGAUAAGAUACGAGUUGUUUUUUGAUAUUUUAUGUAAUUUUUUUUUAAAACCCAACUGUGAUCAAUUUAACUAUUUUGAGUUGCAGUUUUUCCUAGUCAUCAUAUAUAAAUACCUAUAUACCUAACUUUACCUUACCUUACCUGCAUAAUAAUGUCAUAGUCGUGAUAAGAAAAUUUAUAUCUUUAAUUUUCAUCAUAAACAACAACAAUUAAAAGAAGAAACCUAAAGUCUGAUGUGUAGUAAAAUUCUAUUAAAUCUAUUGUUUACUUACAUACCUUGGUUGUGAAGUUAAGUUGUUAAUAGUAGUAGCUACAUAUAUAUACCUUCAAUACUUACGAGUAUAAUUUGUAACAACUCUGAAGUCUUAAAGAAAAGUCGUACGCGCAGCUCACACAUUUUUCCCAGAUACUUACCUGUUUAUAUACAUUUCAUCGGAUAUAAUAAAAUAAUAAUAAUUUUAUAAGAGAACGAAAAAAUUGGAACUGGAAUUGAAGAAAAGACUUGGGACUAUAAACUAAAAAAAAAACAUGGCACACUUCCACCGAAUUGCAAAUAAAUGUUCACCCAAAGGCGUCUUGGUCAUAACCCUCACACUCAUCAUAGGAUUAAUUUCAGCCCAAAACAUCACCGAACAAAAUUCCACACUAGCCAUCACAACGACAUCAACAACAACAACAACAACAAAUCCUCCACCAUCAUCGUCAUCCUCAACAUCCACAUCAUCAGCUCCACCCAAGACACUUGCCUUAGAUAUAAGUACAGUCCUGCCAAGUACAAACAAUGAGACAGCAGCUCCUGUAGAGAGUAAUAGCACCUUCCUGCAACCAAGAUUAUUGCAAGACAUUCUGACUUCAAGUGAAAAACCUCCAGAUAAUAAUGCAUCAACGCAACAGCCACCCUCGAAGGACAUCCACAGUACCAGAAACAUUCCCCCGGAUUGCUCACAUCGUAGUAAAAAUCGCAAGCAACCUAAGAACUCUCCAACUUCCAGAUUACGUAAAUGUUGCCCGAACGGGGAGACUCUGGUUUCCGAGGAGAAUGGUAUUGAAACUGUGGAAAUUUGCAAGGCUCAAGUGGGAGAAUUCGCUCCAGAAGUCCUUUCGGUGGAACUCUAUGAGAAUUGCAUUGAAGAUCUGGAGAUCCCGGUGAAGCUUGACAUCGAAGUGGGAAAUCCCUGUAUAGAUGGUUCCAUGUAUUCGGCAAGUUCCAAUGAUCGACUCAUGGUCAUUCAGGAUGGAUCCCUAUUGAUCAUGGAUAAUUUCUUGAAUGAAUCCUACACCGUCGAGUCGAAUUACUGUCUCGACACAAACAUUGAGACUGGAGAACUCUAUGCGAUCGUUUGUGUCUCAGCAACUGAUGAACACCUGAGUCGAGGUCAGACGAUCCUCUACACGUGUUUCAUGAUUGUUUCCAUACCGUGCCUUUGCUUAGUGAGCUUCCUACACUUUGCCAUCAAGGAGCUGCGUUCGGUGCACGGUCUUUCACUGGGUGUGAUGUCCUCAUGCAUGGCCAUUGGAUUUACCCUGCAUACAUUUGCCCAAUUCUCUGACGCUGGGAAGUCAUGGAUAGGCUUUGCUGUGCAGUUCUUUAUGUUGGCGUACUUCUUCUGGCUCUUCUGUCUCUGUUGCAAUGUGGUGGUGCAUGUUUGUUACUAUCUGCCUAACAAAUCCAUCAUAAAUCGAAGAAUUCGUUAUUGUCACUUCAAUACCUAUUGUCUGAUAGCCUUCUCGUUUCCAUUUGCCUUGGUUCUUUGGACUAAUUACAAGGGCUUACCUGGAAUGCCAUCCUACUUUUACCAGGGCUUCACUGAAUCGGUUCGUGAAUCUCAACGUUAUUUCAUUCCUCCAGUGACAGGAGUCUUGAUUUUGAGCUUCUUCCUGCUGGUUAUUUCCUUCUUCGGAUAUAAAUAUUUGGAUAAAAUCAACUUUCGGUAUGCAACGUAUCAACAAGUCUAUUCACAGACAACACUGCCAAUUCAUAUCUACGACCAAGAAAGCUAUCAGGAGAUAAGAAAAGAUACAAAGUGCAUAUGUUGCCUUUACAUUGUCACAAUCAUAACGUGGAUUCUCGAAGUUGUAACAUUCUAUUCACCGGGACAGGAUAAUUAUACCGCAUUUAUGGAAAUCAUAAAUGCCCUACAGGGUGCUUUUAUUUUAAUGAUUUUCAUUGUUGUCCGUCGUCGGAGAAAUGCAAUUGUCCGUUGGUGGCAUGGGCGUGGCCCGCAUGGUUUGACAGCAGUUCCAAUGAAAGACUUAAUUCCAGCAGAAAAUAGACCACCACCAAUUAGUAGUAGUUAGCUUUUGUAUGUUUUAUAAUUUAAACAAAAAUCUAUCAAAAGAUUGAGAUAAGUAAAAACUAUUGUAACUGUAAAGGAAGUGUGCCUGCCUUAGAUACCUAAUGGUUGUUAUUGUUGUUGAAAACUUUAUAAGAAUCCAAUUUUUAUCUAGUUAAAAAUGUACUAUAAUGUUAUAAAAAAUGAAUUAAUUUAUGUCGAAAUAAAACAAAAUGAAAACUUUAGUUAUUUUAUAGUAUUAAAAUAAAAUUUAAAGAAAUAUACAUAUUUUAUACGAGUUAAAAACGAAAAAAGGA